AUGACAGGUCAGGCUGGUAGGCGCUCUGAGUCCUCAAACCGUCUCUCUGUGAGGAGCAGACUGGGGGAUGAACCUGACCGAGCUGAAAGCACAAUCAGCAGGACUGAUGGAGAUGAUGAUGCGUGUUCUGAGCUGCAGCGUGUCGCCACUCUUGAGCUUCCAAAUUCAGAAAUGCUUGAUGCCUUCAGACAGAGGAGACCGCUAUCCAGGUUUGUGAAUCUGGUGGUGUCUCUGAGAGAAUGGGCUCACAAGAGUCUGGUAGAGGAAGAACAAAGACCUGAUUCUUUUCUUGAGCGAUUCCGUGGACCUCAGGCAGCAAACGACCAAUCAACUGCCAUUACAGAAGCCCCCAAAAAGACCCUAAAGGAGAGGUGGGAGGGAUUAAUUGUGUCCCAGUCUGAUGAUAUCUAUUAUUAUUGGCUGUUCUUCAUCGCCUUGGCUUCACUCUAUAACUGGAUAAUGCUGGUUGCCAGAGCAUGUUUUGAUGAACUUCAAGAUCAGAACUUCUUCCUGUGGUUGGGGCUGGAUUACAUCUGCGACCUUGUUUACAUACUGGACACAUGUAUGAGACUAAGGACAGGAUACCUGGAGCAAGGUCUGCUGGUGAAAGACUUGGCCAAGUUGAGAGACAACUACAUUCACACUCUUCAAUUUAAACUGGACACUAUGUCCAUCCUGCCCACAGAGCUGCUCUUAUUUGCCACAGGGUACAUACCCCAACUUCGCUUCAAUCGCCUUCUCCGCUUUUCACGCAUGUUCGAAUUUUUCGAUCGCACAGAGACGCGCACCAACUACCCCAACGCCUUUCGCAUUUGCAACCUCGUCCUCUACAUCCUGGUCAUCAUUCACUGGAACGCGUGCAUUUAUUACGCCAUUUCUAAGGCUCUGGGGCUCAACUCGGAUUCCUGGGUGUAUUCCCGCGUGAACGAAACACUAGCGUUCUGCUACGUGUACUGCUUUUACUGGUCCACACUAACACUUACCACUAUUGGAGAAAUGCCCCCUCCAGUGAAGGAUGAAGAGUAUGUCUUUGUAGUUUUUGACUUCCUGGUUGGCGUGCUGAUCUUUGCCACCAUCGUCGGUAACGUGGGUUCCAUGAUUGCCAACAUGAAUGCAACGAGGGCCGAGUUCCAGGCACGCAUCGAUGCCAUCAAGCAUUACAUGCACUUCCGCAAGGUUAACCGCACCCUCGAGACACGUGUCAUUAAGUGGUUCGACUACCUCUGGACCAACAAGAAAGCUGUGGAUGAACAGGAGGUCCUGAAGAACCUUCCCGAUAAACUGAGGGCUGAAAUCGCAAUUAACGUCCACCUGGAAACACUAAAAAAAGUGCGUAUUUUUCAAGACUGUGAAGCUGGACUGCUAGUGGAACUGGUUCUGAAACUACGCCCUCAAGUGUACAGUCCCGGGGACUACAUCUGCAGGAAGGGUGAUAUUGGGAAGGAAAUGUACAUCAUCAAAGAGGGGCAGCUAGCUGUGGUGGCAGAUGAUGGAGUCACGCAGUUCGCUUUGUUAACCGCUGGCGGUUGUUUUGGAGAAAUUAGCAUCCUUAACAUUCAAGGUAGCAAGAUGGGGAACCGGCGCACGGCUAACAUACGUAGUAUCGGCUACUCUGACCUCUUCUGCCUCUCUAAAGACGACCUAAUGGAGGCUGUGGUAGAAUAUCCAGAUGCUCAGAAGGUUCUGGAAGAGCGUGGAAGGGAAAUCCUGAGAAAGCAGGGCCUCCUGGAUGAGAGUGUAGCAGCUGGAGGGUUAGGCGUCAUAGGCACAGAGGAAAGAGUGGAGCGCAUGGAUGCAUCUCUGGAUAUCCUGCAGACACGCUUUGCCCGCUUGUUAGGGGAAUUCACGAGCACUCAGCGCCGCCUCAAACAACGUAUCACGGCACUUGAGAGGCAGCUGUGUCACACCGGACUCGGGCUGAUGUCCCCCCAUGAGGUGGAAGGAGAAAACGUUUUUGUUCCUCCACAUACACAUAGACUUACACAUACACAAGCAGACAUACACACACAACAUGAAACACACAAUCGGACUCCAGCUGAACCGAACACUGAAGAGGAGAAGUAAAUCAGAUGUACUGGUUUGAUAAAUAACCUAAAAAACUUUUUUACAUGUAUGCAUGUGUGUGGUUAUGUGUGACUGAUGUAAAGAUUCAUUUUUUAAACCAAAUGUGUCUAGAAGCUGAAAUACCUGGAUCUGUUGCACGCUCUUUGUCCCUGUAACAAAUCAUGCCAUAUUGGAAGUGUUCUGAAAUUAUCUAGCUAGGCUUGUGCCUCAUGUCCCAAACCAUUUAAUAAUUAAAC